GUCCGAGUGCGGCGCGGAUCUGGGGCCGUGGCGCGCAGUCGGGCCGCGAGGUCCAGCAGGCACACGGCGGCUCCCCGGGCCGACUCUGGCGGCGCCCUGAGCGCGCCAGCCGGGGUCCUCCCUGAAAAUCGGGGAAGUCACUGGUAUUGAUUCCCCAGGAACUGCUUGCUGAAGGCCCAGUUAGGAACCUGAACCCAGCCUGGAGUGAAUCCCUAAGAAAAAGGGCUGUUGAACCGCUCCGGCCUCGACUGCCCAGGCCUCCCUGCUAGGCCCCUGUGCCUGAGCGCGUUGGGUGCCCUCGGCGGGUGACUCCCGAAAUUCUCCAUGCAGUUUCUCCUGGCAACCUGCCGCCAUACAGCCCUGGUACCUGUUCUACUCUUUUUUCGAUUUUUUUAUUGAAUACCUCCUUCAAUACCUGCCAACUUCAACGUAAGCCCCAGGAGGACAGGGUUCUUUAUGGAUUUUGCUCACUGACUUCCGAAAGCUAAGAUCAUAGUCUGGACCUUAACUACAGGAGACACACUUUAGAUUCCAAGAUACAGAUCAAUUGAAAGUUAAAGGAUGGAAAAAGAUAUAAUCGUGCAAACAGCAAUCACAAUUUAUAGCUGAAGAAAACUGAAGCUACAGCUAUUAUGCAACAGUGCUAGGAUUCAAACCCUGAGCUGUCUGACUCCAAAGCCUGUGACAGUAAGAACUACCCUGAGAAAAGGGUGGACAGAAAGCCAGCAGUCUCUGUUGGAAAUGUUGGCCAGCUUGCAAUAGAUCUGAUUAUUUCUACACUGAAUAUGUGUAAGAUUGGUUACUUCUAUACUGAUUGUCUGGUGCCAAUGGUUGGAAACAAUCCAUAUGCGACUGCAGAAGCAAAUUCCACAGAACUUAGUACAAAUACUGAAGUAUAUUCAUUGCCUUCAAGAAAGCUAGUGGCUCUUCAAUUAAGAUCCCUUUUUAUUAAGUAUAAAUCAAAGCCAUUCUGUGAAAAACUACUUUCCUGGGUGAGAAGUAGUAACUUUACAAGAGUUAUUAUUCUUUCAAGCAGUCAUUCAUAUCACCGUAAUGAUCUACAGCUUCGUAGUACUCCCUUCCGGUACCUAUUUACACCUUCCAUGCAAAAAAGUGUUCAAAAUAAAAUAAAGAGUCUUAACUGGGAAGAAAUGGAGAAAAGCCCAUGCAUUCCUGAAAUAAAUGACUCUGAGUUUUGUAUCCGUAUUCCAGGAGGAGGUAUCACAAAAGCACUCUAUGAUGAAAGCUGUUCUAAAGAAAUCCAAAUGGCAGUUCUGCUGAAAUUUGUUUCAGAAGGGGACAAUAUCCCAGAUGCAUUAGGUCUUGUUGAGUAUCUUAAUGAAUGGCUUCAAAUAAUCAAACCAUGUAGUGAUGAUCCCACAGCAUCUACCUUGAGGUGGAAAAUACCAAGUUCUUGGAGAUUACUCUUUGGCAGUGGUCUUCCCCCUGCACUUUUUUGAUGUGUUUUCAGUUUUUGUACCUUAUAUCCCAAGACACUUAUUAUCAACACAACUGCUAAACAUUCUGUACAAAAAUUUGUAUAAUAUGAGAAUAUAUUAGGAAAUAAACAUUUGCUUUUCACGGAAAAUCUCAAAAAAAAGGAUUAACACAAGCUGUUUUUGCCAUGCUUUUCAUCAUAUACAACAAAUGUAAAUUUUGUACAAUAAAAUUUUAUUUCCCAAGUAA